AUUUCCUUCAAGCCCUCAUCGAACUUUGCCAAAAAUGAAGAGGGAGGGACGUCAGUAUGGCAUGGUCCGGACAUAUUACAUUCCGCCGCCUCCGUUGAACUUGAGACGUGACGUAAACUUAUCCCGGAGAAAAAUUGACUCACCGGCAACUGCAGGGUUGUUCACCAAGGUGUCACCAAAGCCCACCAACCACUCCAAGUUCACCGGAAAAUGCGGUAAGGCACGGUGUGGGGGUUGUCAUAUGCACCCGGUUUGCAAGUCCAAGGACAAGACCAAGGGCAACCACAGACAUAGGUCUACUGACAUGCAUGAAAAUUACCAGGUCAUGGACGGGCGACCUGGUUUGAAUUUCUCUGGACUCUCUGUCUCAGCAGUUUUGGAGCAUUUGGCCAGCAACCACCACGACCAUGAUGAGGAUGAUGAAGUUGAUGAUAAUGAUGAUGGACAUGAUUAUGAUUUCAACAUGUCUUCUUGAAGCACGAGGAGGCUGAAGGAAAUGCUGAAGAAGACAAGGAAAAAAGUAAUGGUGGUUAGGUUUUAACUCAGGAUGAUGAUGAUGAUAAAAUUGGUUUUUCCAAUGGAGGAUUGGAGUUGGAUUAUGCUGAGGUUGAAGAAGGUUGGUCUUUAGUCGGAGUAGUCUGAUGAUCAUAUGGCAUCCAGUGUUGUUAUAUUGUGUUUUUAAUUAAGGUUGUGGCUGAAGGGUGUGGGUCUAAUGUAUUUGAAUUCUUCUUAGCAAAGAUGGCAUACUUUAUGUCAUGUAAAAUGUAAUAGGAAAUAAGAUGAGAUUCAUCAACUGAGACUUAUGCUUGGUUUUUUCAGCCUCUAAUCAUGCGAUCCAACAAUUAAGCAAGGCUGACGAACAGGAUUUUUAUUCU